UGUGCGUGUGCAAGCGUGAAAAAAACAGCCGGCGGCAGCGGCGGCAACAGCAGCGGCAGAAAAGAAACAGUUUUUGCAACAAAAAUAAACGCGAGCUAUAGCUGAAAAUCGUGCCCGGUAUUUUCGCUUCGAAGUUCGGUUAACAUUCUGUCAUCAUGUUUUGACCAGCCAGCUAAUUAAGGUCUAAAGCGUUCAGGCGUUGCUUUUAUCAAAAAACCCCCCGCCUCCGCCACAAUCCUCUCAAAACCGUCGCGUGUUUUUCCGUUUAGAUUAAAAUACUUGAAACCCGCAAUUUCGCAGACAGAUCAUUUCAACUCUAUUCAAAAUGCAGAAGAUAAUCAGACGAUUAAUGGACCACCAAUAUUUGACGCGAGCCCAAAUCAAUGGAUUCGACAAUUACAAGUACAGCGCCAUCGAUACUUCCCCACUGAGUCAGUAUGUGAUGCAUCCCUUUUGGGAUUGGCUAGUCCAGUUCUUCCCGCGCUGGUUUGCGCCCAAUCUGAUGACCUUCCUGGGCUUCCUGUUCAGCGCCAUGAACCUAGUGCUGCUAUCCUAUUACGAUUGGAACUUUGAGGCCAGUUCCGGGGAGGAGGGCACCACACCCAUACCCUCCUGGGUCUGGCUCUUAACGGGCAUAAACAUCUUUGUGGCAUACACGCUGGACGGAAUCGAUGGCAAGCAGGCGCGUCGCAUCGGAUUGUCCGGUCCGCUGGGGGAGCUCUUCGACCACGGCUUGGAUUCGUAUACGGCCAUGUUGAUCCCGACCUGCCUAUACAGCAUUUUCGGCAGGAGUAGAGUAUACUCAGUGCGUCCCAUGAGGAUGUACUACGUCUGCCUGACGGUCUACUUCAACUUCUUCGUUUCGCACUGGGAGAAGUACAACACAGGCGUCCUAUAUCUACCCUGGGGCUAUGACCUGAGCAUGUGGGGCAGCACGGCCAUGUAUCUGGUCACCUGGUAUAUGGGCUUCGAGCGCUGGAAGCUCGAAUUAUCGCUGGGAUCCUUUGGAACUCUGCCGUUGGGCAAUGUGAUGGAGGCAGUGCUGCAUGUCAGUGCCAUGGCAAAUCUUCCACUAGUCAUCAUUAAUGUUUAUAACUCCUACGUACAUCGCACUGGACGCCUGCUGUCCUUUUGGGAAGCCAUAAGGCCCAUGUGGCCAUUCCUUACCUACUUUGUUAUUCUGCUGGCCUGGCCCUAUGUCUCGCCGAACGACAUCAUGGAAAAGGAUCCUCGCGCCAUUUUCAUGCUAAGCGGCACCAUCUUCUCCAAUGUCAGCUGCCGACUGAUUGUUUCCCAGAUGUCCGUGACAAGAUGCGAGGCAUGGCAUUGGCAAACGCCCAUGUUUGUCAUCUCAUUCUUAGUCAGCCUGUGGAUCCCGCUGCUGGAGAGGCCCUUGCUCUACAUGCUCCUGCUGGUGACCACCCUGAGUCAUUGGCAGUACGGCGCCAGUGUGGUCAAUCAGAUGUGCGAUCACUUUAACCGCGUUUGCUUCACUGUUCACAAACGGGUGCCCCAAGAGGAGUCCGCAGGAAAAGCUCUGCUGGCAGACAAAAUCAACCAGUCAGAGAAACAUCACGAAGAGCCAUUGGAGAAAAAGGAUUAGGACAUCGGAUUGCUCGAUUUUUAUUUAGCUGCGGGUUUUUUUUGCAAGGUUUUCUGUACAUCAUUGAGGCUGUUUAGUUAAAGAAUUCUUGUGAGAUUAUAUAUAAUUUUUUCUUAGUUAGAAUAUACUUAAACAUGGACUUUAUCCUAGUGCUACAGUAAUGUUGGAGCUUGUUUUGGCUUCUUUCCCAAUGACUACGUAAUGCUCUCUUCCAAUGAUAAUUUUAAAACACUACGGUUUAAUCACAACUUGACGUUAUCUGUAUUGAAUUCAAACUCUAAUGACCCAUCGUAGAUCAAUUAUCUGAACAAGUAAGCAUGACAAGUGAUCUGAUCUGCUGCUAGAAUAUCAAAUAAGUAUUAGUUGAUAGGUAAUAAUAGCGGCCAGAUAAGUUCCAAUCCAUCAAUUCAAUUAUGAAAGACAGAACCGUUUACUACUUAUUCUAGACUUUAGCUUUUCAAUUUUAUUGCAAUGGUCAUGCAUAAUCCUGAAACUAAAGAUAACGCUCGCUUCCGCUGACCUUAAAAAAAUAUAGCAACCGAUACUUCAAUGUUUUAUAUUCGUCUAGAGAUAAUCGAAUAAUUUCCAUGCGCUAUGCUUAAUUUAUUUCCAUUGUAUUACUUCAAACUGCUCCAUAAAAGCAAAUACACACACUACCAGCAAGCGUUUCUAACUAAAAUAA